AUUUUUCUUAUCUCACAAGUCUCAACACUUCUUUCACCUUCAUAGCUACCUUCAAGACUCAAACUUUGAUUCCAAUUUUCAAUUUCAACACCACCCAGAAACGUUUUCAUCUCAACCAAACAAUCUUCCCAUCAUUUCAAAUUCUGGGCUACCAUGAAUUUCAAGAACAAAGAAGAAUUCUGGAUAUUUUACAUGAACCAUCAUUCAAACCCAUCAACAAGAAAAUGGCACUUUAUAGGAACACUUUUCAGCAUUAUCUUCUUACUCUUUUCAAUAAUCUUAACUUGGUGGUUCUUGUUUCUUGUUCCUUUGUCUUUUUAUGGAUUUGCUUUGUAUAGUCAUUUGUUCAUUGAAGAGAAUUUUCCUGUGACUAUUGGAUAUCCAUUUUGGUCUCUUUAUUGUGAUUUGAAGUUGUUUUUGUUUAUGGUUAGUGGGAAAAUGGAUAGAGAGAUUAAAAGACUUGGGAAGAGACCUGUGUUGCAAUUCUUAUGAUGAUUUUUUAUCAUUGCUCAGGUUUCCAGACUAUUGAGCGUAUAAAUAUGAUUGAAUAUCCUCAUCCUUUGAGUUAGCUGUUGGGUUGAGAUUCUUCCUCGCUGUCAGCUUUUCUCACACACAAGCACCUAGAGAGAGAAGUGAAUUGAAUGCGCAAGUUUUCUACAUAGAAUUUUGAUUUUUGUUCAGAUUUUCACAAGAUUAUGGACUAUUAUGAAGUUUACGACAAAGUUGCAGAAAAUGACCGACUCUAUUUUGUUCUACAGGGGAAAUAUUAUAUGUGCAGUUUCGGCACCAUUAUUUCAAGCAUGAAAGUGCAAAUACAUUCAUUCAAAGUCUUAAAUGGAAACUGUUGGUGAAGAUUAUUCUUUUUAUUUAGAUACCCAUCUUUAAUAAGUAGAAUAUGAGAUGAUAAAAGAAAACAUAAAACAUACUAGUGAUAUGAAUCAUAUGAUCUACAAGUACAAGUCGAAGAAAGUACUGAGCUAUUCGUCAAUCAUUGGUUGUAAAUAGAAAAUGUUCUUUUAUCAUCAAAGUUUUGUAGCUAACUUGUAUGGUUACAAAUUGUGACAAAAGUAUCAACAGAUGUGUUGGUAAAAUCAUAGACGUGUUCGUUAA